AUGGGGUCAACACCAGGUAUGCAGCUAGGUGAUUCAUUUAAAAGAAAUAGCGGGUCGGUAAGAAAAAUAGACACAUUCUUCAGUAAGAAGCCAAAACUUGGGUCUGACAAUCGACAAAACGAGUCAUCUAUAUCUACUUCGGUACCUAAUUCUGACCAUAGAAAUAAUUUGGCGAUUGACAUUCCGUGUACGAAUACGUUAUCUGCAUCUAAAUUUGAACAGAAAAACGACUCCCAUAUCAAUUUUGAUUACUCUUCAGAUAUUGGUUGUUUUAUAGGAAGCAAAAGCAUUGACAAUUCUUCUAAAGCUAAUCUUCUUGAAAAACACUGGAUGCCACCUAUAAAUUACGAAUUUCCUUUUUGUGUGGUCACCAAGAAUGGAAAACAAACCAAAAAGUACGCUCAAAGAUCACAUCUUAAUAAAUUCCAUUGGCUCGUUUUAUCACACAAAGACCAGGGGCUGUAUUGCAAGUAUUGUGCUCUAUUUGCUUCAGGCUCAGGUGGUGGAGUUCAAACAAAUACGCCUCUUAAACGGCUUGUUAAACAACCUUUAAAAGCUUUUGAUGACCUACUUGGAGAAAAGGGGUCUCUAUUAACACACCAGCGAAAUAAAUAUCACCAAAUGUCGGUCGAAGCUAGGAAAAGUUUUCUUGUAACUUACCAUAACCCUGACCUUAAUGUUGCUAACCAAGUCUGUAAGCAGCGAAUGGCGCAGGUAAAAGAAAAUAGAGAUCGUUUGCGACCAAUUGUCAGUACAAUUGUAUUAUGUGGCCGCCAAAAUAUUCCCCUGCGUGGGCAUAGAGACGACGGAAAAAUAAUUCUAAAUGUUGACAAAAAUGAGCAAAAUAGCGUGGUAGCAAAUCAAGAAGGGAAUUUUAGAGCUCUCCUAAGGUUUCGUAUCGAGUCAGGUGACUCAUAUCUGCGUCAACAUUUAGAAGUAGCAAACUCCAAUGCAACAUAUAUCAGCAAAACAGUGCAAAACGAACUGAUCGAUACAUGUAAAGAUUUGAUUCAAGAAGCUAUUUUAGCUAGAGUAAAGGAAGCGAAAUUAUUUUCAUUAAUAUUUGAUGAAACAACUGAUAUCUCUCACACUGAGCAGCUGAGUCUCUCCAUUCGAUAUUUCUAUAAUGGAGUAAUCAAGGAGGAUUUUUUAACUUUUUGCGAUGCUUACGAGAUGAUUCAUUUUGAGGACGCAAGAGCAGAGCGUCGUUUGACAGGCGUUGAAUUGUCACGUAUAGUGGAAGAUCUUUGUUUUAAAUUUGAUAUUGAUUUGGCAUGGUGUGUUGGUAUUGGUACAGAUAGCUGCUCUGUGAUGGCUUCUGAAACUAAGGGUGCAGUUCAUGAACUUUCUAAAAAGCCACUAACGCUAAGCGUUGUCCAUGCAACAACCAUAUUUUAA